AUGGUUUUUGAAGGGAUAUCGCCAGAUUUUCUCCGCGACCUAUCUAUUAUGGAUCUUGAAAAUGUUUCAUGUCCCAUUUGUCUGAGGAAGUUUGAUAACUUACAAGCACUAAAUGCGCAUUUAGAUGUUGAGCAUGGGUUUAAUGAUAAUGAAGAUUCGCUCGGUUCCAAUGAUAGUCGUGCAGUCAAUGGUAAACCAAAAAAGACAAACUCUAGUAGUAGUAAUGUGCAAAAGUUGAAAAGGAGCCACUGGGAAAAAUUUCAAAAGGGGAAGAGUCGUUGCCACACGUGUGGAAGAACUUUGAAUAACGAUAUUGGCGCCACUAAUUGUAGGAAAUGUGGUAAAUUGUAUUGCAGAAGGCAUCUUCCUAACAUGAUUAAACUAAAUUUAUCUGCACAGUACGACCCCAGGGACGGGAAAUGGUACAAUUGCUGUCAUAAUUGUUUUGUCACAAGACCUGGAUAUAACGAUUAUGGCGAAGCAGUCGAUUUAACACAUGAAUUCUUUAAGGUACGAAAUACAAAAAGAGAGGACAAAAACCUAAGAUUAUUACAGUUAGAAAACCGGUUUGUUCGUCUAGUUGAUGGGCUGAUCACACUUUAUAAAAGGUAUACUAGAUCCAUUAUUUAUAAUUUGAAGAUGAAUAGUGAAAUGUCCAAGUUAGAACGCACAGUUACUCCAUGGAGAGAUGAUAGAAGUGUGCUCUUUUGUAACGUAUGUUCCGAACCAUUUGGGUUAUUACUACGAAAGCAUCACUGCAGAUUAUGUGGUAUGAUUGUUUGUGACGAUGCAAACAGAAACUGCUCAAACGAAAUAAACAUAGGGUAUUUAAUGUCUGCAGCGUCGGAUCUACCAUUCAAAUACGAUAUACAGAAAGACGACCUACUUCAUAUCCCUAUAUCCAUAAGAUUGUGCUCGCACUGCAUUGAUAUGCUAUUUAUUGGCAGGAAAUUCAACAGAGACGUUAAAAUGCCGCUGAGUGGAAUAUUUGCUAAAUAUGAUAGCAUGCAAAAUAUAUCUAAGGUGAUUGACAGCCUUCUGCCCAUAUUUCAAGAUGCUUUGAACAAUUUGAAAUUGGAGAUUGCCAAAGAUUCUGAGAGUGUACUUGAGCCAAAAAAUCUGAAUGAUCUCGCUCGAUUAAGACACAAAUUACUCAGCUCUUUUAACUUGUAUAACACACUAACAAGACAACUCUUAAGUUUACAACCUCAAAAUCAUCUAGAAAGACAACUUCAAAAUUCGAUCAAGAUAGCUUCCGCUGCAUACAUAAAUGAAAAAAUUUUGCCGUUGAAGUCACUUCCAGCGAUUUUGAACCCAGAGAGUCAGAAAACGAAGGAAGAUGAGCAAAAAGGUGAACCAGAGGUGAAGAAGUUGUCCCAACUGAUGAUCGAAAACUUGACCAUAAAAGAAGUAAAAGAAUUGAGAGAAGAAUUGAUGGUCCUCAAGGAACAAAGCUACCUGAUUGAGUCCACAAUUCAGGAUUACAAGAAGCAGCGCAGAUUAGAAGAGAUCGUCACCCUUAAUAAGAACUUAGAAGAGUUGCACUCAAGGAUACACGCGGUUCAAUCCAAGCUGGGGGACAAUGGUUUUAAUUAA